AUGCGAAUGUUUACCACCACCUUCCCCUACCACAUGUCGGAGGAAGACAUGGUGUCCUUUGCUGAAGGCAUCCAAUCCUGUGUGGCAGAAACUGGAGCCUCUGAGGCCUUGGCCAGGAUGAUCGUGGCAAAAGGAGGAAUCAUCCUGGUGCCAAGCACCCAACCGUUCAUCUACCAGGGCUUCUCAGACAAGCAGCACGUCGUUACCCUGUUGCCAACGGAGACGUGCUGCUGCUCUGAUUCGGACAGCACCCAGAGGUGUGUCCACUGACUGGCAGCUGUACUUGCCAUUGGCGGGAGUGUGCCAAUAAAGCUAAGGACAAAGCAUCUGGGCGCAAAACGCUCUGGCCAUAAGUGUGCCUCCAAGGAGCAUGUCCAGAUGCCCACCAAACACCAGGAAGAACCAUCGACCAUUGAUCAACAGGUAGGUCUUGUUUGUUACUGGAUUUUCUCUUAUUUGGGUAUGUGACAAAAUGUUGAUCAUUUUAUUAAGCCAUGUGGUCUUCAGGGGUUUUCUGUAUAUCCUUGAACACAAAAGACAGGCUGUCCGAAACUGAACUGUCAACAUGUAUUAUAUAGGGUGACCAAUUCCAACAGUCUCAACCUGAGAAACACCCCAGCAGGGAUGACAAAUUGGAGAUAGAGUAAGUGGAAUGGGAAACUGUUUUGGUUACAUACUGCACGUUCUCCAACUGUAUGUUAAUCACAUCUGUACAGUAAGGCAGUUUGAACACCAUUUUUCUGCCCUCUGUUUGUGUAGGUAAACAAACUGUGGGCCAUGUCGUCGGAUGGAGUGACAGGGCAACCGCAAGUAUUUUGUUGGAGGGACGCGUUGCCAUCCUGCACCUCCACGACUUCCAUACGUUGAAGCCCAACUAGUGGCUUAGUGGGGAGGUAUGUUCAGGGCGCCGACAUGUUAUGGUUGAAUUGUAUGAAAUAGCCAUGCGUGCAAUUGGUACAAAGUACAAUUAGAGUUGUUGCCUGGGCUGACUGUCUUGUGUGGGCAUCAUGUCAACUUUGACCAACCAUAUGCCAUUCUGGUUUAGGUCAUUGACUUCUACCUCCAACUGAAGCGGAUUGACCUUGAAUUGGAGAUAUGUUUUUAUUGUGGAUCACCUUGUGGCAGGGAAUAUCCUGCAUGGGGAUAAGGUGGCGAUGCGCAGGAACACCCUGACAAAGGUAAAUGAAUGUCUGCAGAGUUGUUUUUGUGUCAUGGUUCUAAAUGAGAGGCUAGAAGGGUCAAUAUGUGGAGAGAUGCCCCCUUCCUGACAGAAGGUGCCCUGUAGACCAGUCUGGAGCAACACAGUUGCUUGAUUGGAGCCUGCAACGUGGCAAACUACCACUGGAUACUCUUGGUAAGCUGCACAAGAUGGACCCUUUAGUGAGAGAUUGGACAUUGCUAUACAUUUGCAUACACUGCCUCGGUAUUACCUCUGACCUUUAGAAUGUCCAUCGCAGGACUCCCUCUGCCAUUUUCCUGGACCCUACUGGUUCCCCUAAUGCAGAGAGCCUACUGGUUCCCCUAAUGCAGAGAGCCUACUGGUUCCCCUGA